AUGUCGGUUCUACUACCUCUCAUUAGGCAAGGCUACAAAAUGGCGUCAGCCAUGCCAGUCUUGCCAGAUCCGAACGAAAACUCGCAGCGCUCUCACAGAAGUGAUGGGCCAGAACCAGUGGCAAUUGCAAGAGACCGUUCCUUGCAGAAUACAAAAGGAAAGUACAAAAGGAGAGGAACAAGUGACACGAAGAAUGUCUCUUAAUACUCGAGCGCACUAGUCAGUUUCCUGAUCAGCCUCUGAUCGUCAGAGGAACGAAAAUUUUCUGUGAUGUUGCAAGCAGGUUAUAUCGUCCCAGAAGAGCGUCCUAAAAUCUCAUUGUGCAUCACAGAAACACACAAGAUCAAAAGAAAAGAUUACGACAUCAAAGUUGAAAGAACAUUCUAUAGCCGAGUUAAUACAGCACACUACCUUUAGCUGAGCAAGCAUGCAGACAAAAAUUAAGGGAGGAAUUUCUGAAGGCAGGGAUUCCGAUCAGCAAAAUCGACAAGCUGCGUUCUCUGUUAAAGAAAAAUGGCCAUCGCCUUACCAGUAGCUCUAACCUUGGGCGAUAUAUUACCCUUAUUUGCAAGCAAGAAGUGGAAAGGAUAAAGAAGGAACUGUCUUUACCAGGACAAGAAUAUAUGACAAGAGACGUGACAGUGAUACUCAACGGGAGUACCAGACAAGGUGAGGCCAUUGCGAUAAUCGUUCGUUUUAUUGAAGACGGAUGGGUGAUACCGCAGCGUUUAAUAAGGAUUGAUGUUUUCUCGAAGUCAGUGAAUGCUAAUGAGCUAACUAGAGUCCUGAACGAGGACCUGCGCGUCGAAGUUGAGAUUGGACCUAAUUCUCUACUAGCAGCUAUGAGGGACAGGGUUGGUGUAAAUCAAGCGACGCUGAACAGAAUACAAUGUAUCUUUCCAAAUUUUUUGAAAGUUGUGUGUUUUUCUCACACGCUCGAUAAUAGGGGCAGCCAUCUGAUGACUCUAACUCUUCAGGAGUUUGCAAACCUGCGAAUCCGAUUGUUUCACAGCUACCGAGCAAAACUGGUGUGGAAAGAUCUAACAGGCUGGAAUCAAAAUCCUACUGCGAAACUCGCUGGGGUCGAAAUGGGAAGUGUACAAGCAGCUACUGGAGCAGUUUGGGGACGUUCCAAGAUUUCUUCAGGAGGCCACAGCAGAGAAAAUCUCCCCAAACAUUGUGCCGAAACUACAAAAUUUAAUAUCAGAUUCUGGGUCCCUUGUCAACCUCAAGCUGGAGCUUGCUGUGACCAUUGA